AUGCCAACAGUGUCUGUCUGCGAGUUGUUGGUGGGUAGCAUGACCUGUGCUGCUUGCAAGGGAGCGGUACAGCGCAGUUUGAUCAAAUGCUCGGGAGUCAUUCAAGCCGAAGUGGACCUUCUAAGGGAAACUGCACGCGUCGCGUACCACAGCGACGUGAUUAGUCCAGCUGAACUCUGCAAGUCAGUCGAGAGCCUGGGUUUUCAAGCUCAGGUUCUGCAGAUAUUCGUGGCUAGUAGUAACACCAGUCCGCCAGCUGAGAGGGACAGCGGAAGAGACUCUCCACACGCCCGCACUGGAGCGCAGUGGGACGAGGCUUCGCAAUUACCUGUGCCAGAUGGGUUGGAAUCAGGGGCACUCGACUACGAGGAGGCGGGGCUGCGGCACCACCGCCACGUGGCAACCCCUCAAGCACACGAUUUCAAUGAGCUGUGGACUAUGUCAAAUGCCACACUCCGUCUUGCGAUAGCAGACAGUCGAGGCUUGGCUGUUGAGUCCGCCUGUAGCACACUGAAAAGCAGCAAAGGAGUGCACGCCUGUGAAGUGGCCCUUCGAGGGGUUGAGGGCCCUGGCACACAGCAGCUGCUGGUGACCUACAAACCCCAGGUGAAGGAAGCUGUUCUGGGUCACCGAAGGGCUAUGCUCAGCUCCCUUCUUCUUUCCAUUUUGCCUUCCCUGGUCGUCAUUUGCCUCUCCACCAUGGCCAGGACACACAACCUCCCGACGGCACUUCUACGGGAGUGCCUUCCGGGGAUGCGCCUGUCGACCUUGCUGCUGCUUAUUCUGACGACCCCUGUCCAGUUCUACGGCGGUCGCAGCUUCCAUAGGGCGGCUUUUAAGUUCAGCAUGGACCUCCUCGUGUCGCUCGGAAGUAACUUGGCCUUUUUCUACUCCGCCCUAUCCUGCGUGCAAUCAGCAGCAACCACAAUUUGGUGCAGACCGCUGCUGUCUGCAGCGGGCGCUACAGCAGCACCGACACAUCGGGGGGCCGCAGCUCCUGUCGGCCACCGAGCGAGCCCAUUCUAUGAACUCCUGGAGAAUGCAGAACCUCAGGUCUUCUUUGACACAUGCGUAAUGCUCAUUUGCAUCGUUCUCCUGGGCAAGCUGCUGCAGCUACGAGCGAAGGCGCGAAUUCUGGAGCAGCUUCACAGCCUCCACAGCCUGCAGGUGCGCACGGUGCAUUUGGUGCUGCGCUCUCCAGACACUGCAGUCUCCCGGUGCCUUCAGCACGCAGCGCCCCAGUCUUCUGCAGGAGGAGUGAAAGAGGGGGCCGACACAAGCAGUCCAUCGCCCAGCGAUCUUCUGAAAAUCGCCGAUGUUGUUGCUGCGGAUUCCCCGGAGGUGGGCCCGCUGCGCCGGCCUCCUCUCCCUGUGUGUUGGUGGCAGAAGGUCUGCGCCGCCUGUGGAGUGCAAAGGGAAGGGUUUCCAACUGCAUACAACCCACUGACUCAACCAGCCUCUUGGGGCCUUCCAGAUGAGGGCGACGAUGUCGUAGACGGCAGGAAGCGCUCCUGUUGCUGCCGACAAAAGAGGCAAACAUCAGCCACCAUCAUAGACGCACAAAAUGCAACGGGGAGCAAUCCUGCUGAAGUCAUCAUCAGCGCAGAGCUGCUGCAGGCAGGGGACGUGGUGCGAAUCCCUCCUCAGGAAGUGCUGCCAGCCGACGGCAUUUUGCUGGCCCCACCGGUGUUGCACGUGGAUGAGCGGCUCCUUUCGGGGGAGGGCCGUGGUGUCUGCAAGUUUGCGGGACAGCGGGUUGGCGACGCCUCCGUGCUACAGACACUGCUGCGACUGGUGCAGACGGGGCAACAGCAGCACCAGCCGCUGCAGAAGGCUGCCGAGAUGUUUGCUGCCUACUUCAUUCCCAUCGUGUUAUGCAUAACUGCUGGUGCUGUUGUAACCUGGGCCGUGCGAGUCUUCGCUGCAGCAGAUACACUGCCACUGUCUCCCCUGCAGCAGCUGCGGCAGCGACUACGGGAGCUGGAACUCAGGGAGGGUGUAUCAGGCACUUGCCCGUGUGCUAUCGGGCUCGCGGCUCCCGCUGCUGUGGCAGCUGCAACUGCCGCAGCAGCAGCACGAGGGGUAUUCUUCAAAAAAGGAAAGGCCCUCGAGGCAGCAGCCAAUGUGAACUGUCUCGUUGUCGACAAAACAGGAACCCUCACCACCGGCGACCUUCGAGUGGCAGCAUGUGUUUUGCAUACAAAGCGGCUGGAACGUCUUUUGCUGCCGGCACUGGAGGGGAGCAAACACUCUCUCCAACCCUCCUCCAAACCAAGUGGUGAAACUUGCUGCAGCACGAGCAACGCCGGCAAGACCACAAACGGUAUCAAGACCGCCUUGUGCAGCAUCAGUAGCAGCAGCAGCCGCAGCACCAACACAAGGGAAAGCGAAAACACGUCGUCACCAUCCGACAGCGUAAUCGGCUCUAUGACCGAUGAAGCCAUCGCCACUCUUGAAGAGGCCACGCCUCCUCGAGCAGACAUUUCAGCGAGUACAACGGGCAGAGGCUCUCCAUCGUGCUGCAGGAAGAAACUCCAAGGUAGCAGAGGCAACCUUGAAAGGCCUUGCUUGGCCCCCCUUGCCUUUUGCAGACUAGACUUCCUGUGGGAGGCGUCGCUGCCCACGUCGCAGGAAAGCAGCCCCCGCAGCAGCAUCAGUUACAGCAGUACCACCUGCAGCAGCAACGGGGCAGCACAUGCAAGCUUGGAGCGUGAGACAUCUCCGAAGCCCUGCACCUGGCAUAGCAGCACCGCGAAGGUUUAUGGGGGCGAGGCCUUGCAAGUGGUGUCAGCGGAGUCUGCUGCCACUGGCUGUUUCCUCUGGGCUUUGAGUUGUCUGGAGCAGGGAAGCAGCCACUCGGUAGGGGAGGCCUUGGUUCAUGCGUACGAGAAGUGGCGGCGAAUGCAGCAGAGGGGGGCAAGUUUGGCUUCCUGUGAGAGUUGGAAGUGUCUGGGUGUUUGGUCAGCUGCUGCUGCUGCCGGGUGUUUGCCGCCACCCCAGGCUUGCGAAAAGCCUCAACUGCUGUCUCGAGGCAUUGAGGGGCAUUUUCAAACAAAAGGAAACCUACGGCUGCGCUUGCGCGUCGCUUCAGCCUCUCCAGAAGACGACGGACAAAACUCCAAUGAUGAUGCCUCUUCAGAAGGAGAACAACUUGCACCCGAAGAAGAGAUCCAGCUACAG